UUUUGAAUUUUUAAGAUGCUGCUACCUCAUAUAUCUCAGAAAACGAGCAGAACUCAUUCUCACGUUUUGAAUCCCUCAGUUAAAGAAACAGAUGAGAUACUGGCCAAGAAGUUCUUAGACGAAUACAACAGCACCGCCGAGGAGGUCUGGAACGCUUACACUGAAGCCUCCUGGACCUACAACACUGACAUCACUGAACCCAACAAGGAGAUCAUGCUGCAAAGAAACUUGGAGAUGGCCAACCACACAAAGGUCUAUGGACUAGAGGCUCGUAAAUUCGACAGCAGCGACUUCCAGGACGAGUCGGUGAAGAGAAUCUUGACGAAACUGAGUGACCUUGAGAGAGCUGCACUUCCUGAAAAAGAGCUCAUAGAGUACAAUAAUUUGCUAGCAUCCAUGGAGACCAAUUACAGUGUAGCCACAGUCUGCAAAGAUGAAUCAACUUGUCUGCCUCUAGAUCCAGAUCUGACUAAGAUCAUGGCCGAGUCCAGGGAUUAUGACGAGCUGCUGUUCGCCUGGCAGGGUUGGCGUAAUGCCUCGGGCAGAGAGCUCCGUAGCGGCUACAAGAGAUAUGUGGAGCUUGCCAACUUUGCUGCACAGAGCAAUGGUCACACGGAUAAUGGGGCAUUCUGGCGUUCCUUGUAUGAGACCCCCACCUUUGAACAGGAUCUGGAGGCCUUGUGGAAAGAUCUAGAACCGCUCUACCUCAACAUUCACGCCUAUGUGCGCAGGGUCCUGUACAAGAAAUAUGGAGCAGAACGCAUCAACCUUAAAGGACCAAUUCCAGCUCAUCUGCUCGGAAAUAUGUGGGCCCAAACAUGGUCUGCUAUCAUGGACCUUGCCAUUCCAUACCCUGAUGCCACACAAGUGGAUGCCACGCCAGCCAUGAUUGCCCAAGGCUGGGACCCCAAGCGGAUGUUUGAGGAAUCGGACCGGUUCUUCACUUCUCUGGGUCUUCUGCCCAUGCCUCCUGAGUUCUGGAACAAGUCCAUGCUGGAAAAGCCGACAGACGGACGUGAAGUAGUCUGCCAUGCAUCUGCUUGGGACUUCUACAAUCGCAAAGACUUCAGGAUCAAGCAGUGCACGGUGGUGACCAUGGACGACCUCAUCACUGUGCACCAUGAGAUGGGCCACGUACAAUACUUCCUGCAGUAUAAGGAUCAACCCAUUUCUUUCCGCGACGGCGCCAACCCUGGAUUCCAUGAGGCCAUUGGUGACGUAUUGGCCCUGUCAGUUUCCACACCUAAACAUCUUCAGAGCAUUGGCCUGCUGGACAAAGUGGAGGACAAUCAAGAAAGCACCAUCAACUUUCUGAUGAGCAUUGCCUUGGAUAAGAUUGCCUUCCUGCCUUUUGGCUACUUGAUGGACCAGUGGAGGUGGAAGGUAUUUGACGGAAGGAUCUCAAGCUCAGAGUACAACAAAGAGUGGUGGAACAUGAGAAUGAAGUAUCAGGGAUUGUGUCCACCUGUACCACGCACUGAGGAAGACUUCGACCCUGGUGCAAAGUUCCACAUCCCAGCAAAUGUGCCUUACGUCAGGUACUUUGUGAGUUUUGUAAUCCAGUUCCAGUUCCACAAAGCCCUGUGUGAAGCCGCCGGUCAGCCAGCUCCGCUCCACAACUGUGACAUCUACCAGUCCAAAGAAGCAGGGAAACUCCUGGGUGAUGUGAUGAAGAUGGGCUUCAGUAAACCCUGGCCCGAAGCCAUGACUUUGAUUACCGGCCAGCCCAAAAUGUCAGUCCAGCCUCUGAUGGAGUAUUUCCAACCACUCAUUGUGUGGCUGGAGGAAGAGAACAAAAAGAACGGUGAUGUCCUGGGAUGGCCAGAGUAUGAUUGGACGCCUUACAAAAUCACUUCAGUGGUGGAAGAGAAGGCGCAAGCAGAAGUCAGUUUCCUGGGUAUGAAUGUGGACAAGGCAGGCGCUGCAGCAGGACAGUGGAUCCUCCUAGUUCUGAGCAUCGUCUUCCUGCUCGGCAUCAUCUACCUAGCCUACAGAUACAGGAAGACUAAACGCUUACAGGACAAAUCAAUGUCUCAGAUGGAGCUGAAGUAAAAUCCUUAAAUAGAAAUCCAUUCUAUUCUUACCACGCAGUCAUUACUUUUUGACAAAAUCCACCUCUUUUUGAAUGUAAUGUAUAUUUAUUAUUUUUGGUCAAAUUUGUUUGACUAUGCAAUGAAAAGUGACUUGUAAUUUAUUUGUAAAAAAGUUCAAUGUUUGACUGCUGUUUUCAGUUAUUUGUAAAGUCUUAAUUCUGUGCAUUUCUGAUUGAUUUUACUGGUAAACCUUUAUAGAAUAUGAAGAAUUAUACAGAUGUAUUAAGUCUUUAGUUUUUAAAAAACAAUUUAAUAUCAGUACAAUAUAAAAAAGACCUUACAGAC